AUGUGCGACAAAAUUUAUGCAAAUGCUGAAGUUACUACAGAUCAAAGAUUUAACUCAAAGAACAACAAAAAUCCGCAUGACAACAUUUAUAUAAAUGAGAACAAACCGCAGACCGGCAGCACCAGAAUUGACCAGAAUAAGAAGAACUCAGGCUGUGAAACUGCAGGAAGCAGAUUAUACAGAGGUAUUACAGUGGGCUUGUUACUGCUCUGUGUUCUCCUGCUGGCCAUCAUCAUAGUACUGGCUGUAAAGAACAAAAACCUGACCACAGAUAACAACCAGUUACAGACCAGUUACAAAGACCUGAUCAAAGAGAAAAAGCAGUUACAGAAGGAGAAGGAUAAAUGUGUCGUUUCUAACCUUGAACAAAUGUGGGGAUACAAGUUCGGUUCCAGUCGCUACUACUUCUCUACUGGGAAGAAAGACUGGACAGAGAGCAGAAACGACUGCAAGGAGAGGAAAGCAGAUCUGGUGACAGUAAACAGCCGAGAGAAACUGAACUUCAUCAUGGAGAAUCUUGUAUGUGAACAUGUAUGGGUUGGUCUGAGUCAGGCUUCCAAUGAGGGAAAAUGGACAUGGGAGGACAAUACAGAACUAAACACAACCUCUGAGUAA